UGUACAUUGCAUCAUUACAACUUGUUCACAGGAGACACUUGUCACAUUUGUAGUUUUACAUCGAUGAGGUCUGUACUGCAAACACGCUGAUAAAUCAUUGUUGAACAUCAGCAUCUUGUGAGCAAAAGCGCACACUGUAUUUUUACCAGGAAGAAUCAUUUCAGUGCUUGGAAGGUGACCAACAAGCUAUGCACAGUGCCUUCUUAAAAUACUUCCUACCAAGACCAACACACCAUUGACGUCACCAUGACGACUGCAUUCUCCCUGCUUCUUUUGGUGCUCUUUCUCAUCCAGCUCAGCUCCAACCUCGGAGCGGGAUGGCGAGAGAAGGAUAGAAGGGCUUGGCAGUACUGCAUCGUUGGGGCAGGCCCAGCCGGCCUGCAGAUGGGGUUCUAUCUAGACCGGGCCGAGAGGGACUACGUGAUCUUAGAGAAGGCGAACGUCAGUGGCGUCUUCUUUAAGGAGUACCCACGACAUCGUAAACUGAUCAGUAUCAAUAAGAGGCACACGGGGAAGACCAACAAGGAGUUCAACUUGAGACAUGAUUGGAACUCCCUGAUCAGUGACGAUGAGACCUUACAAAUGAAACAUUACUCCAAGGAAUUCUUUCCCCCAGCCGACACCUACGUGCAAUACCUAAACGACUAUGCAAGAAAACUUAAACUCAACAUUCGCUACGACACAAACGUCCAGAACAUAAGCCGACCGACCGAUGGGGAAUCGUUCUCAUUUGUUGACCAGCAUGGCUAUGACUACACAUGCAGAAUAUUAAUCAUGAGCACCGGCUACAGCCUUCCACACGAGCCCUCCUUCGAAGGCUUUGAACACACCGAGGGUUACCAGACCGUCUCCUUAGACCAGGAAGAGUACGAAGGAAAGAGCGUACUCAUCCUGGGUAGGGGUAACUCCGCCUUCGAGACGGCCGACCACAUCAUUGGAUCUACCAACGUCAUCCACAUGGUUGCUAGGUCACGGGUGCGCAUGGCGUGGGAGACACACUAUGUUGGGGACUUACGAGCCGUCAACAACGGCCUACUAGACACGUAUCAACUCAAAUCCCUAGACGGUAUCCUAGAGGGCGACAUUAGCGAGAUGGCCAUCCUGAAGCGCCCCGACGGUCGCCUGGUGCUCGUGGACCAGUACGAGAUGGAUCUAGCUCGCGAGGAGAAUAUGACCGAUCGUAACAUCGAGAAUCACGUGGUCCACAUGAUGCCCGAUAACUUUGCCCUUAGGGAGCCCUACGAUAAGGUCAUCCGCUGCUUGGGGUUCAAGUUUGACAACAGCAUCUUUAACAACGAUUCUAAACCAAUGAUGGGCGAGUCCAAGCUGAGUAAGUUCCCAAAGAUGAGCGCUAACUACGAGUCCACGGAGGUUCCAGGCCUCUUCUUUGCCGGGGCCAUAUCACACGCUGUUGACCACCCCAAAUCAGCGGGGGGCUUUAUUCAUGGAUUCAGAUACACCGCUCGUGCCUUAUUUCAGAUGCUGGAAGUACGUUACCAAUCACAGAGGUGGCCUUCAGUCCCGCUUCGAAUCACAGAGCUUAUCAAUCACAUCGUUAAGAGAAUUAACGAGGCUUCGGGAACCUAUCAGAUGUUCGGCGUCCUAGCCGAUGUAGUCGUCAUCCAUGGUGAUAACAUGGAAUGUGAGUAUGUGGAAGAGUUCCCCCUGAAGCUGCUACCGGAGUUCACUGAACUGACGGGAAUCAAUGCUAGUCAAGUCAUAGUGAUCUCAAUGGAGUAUGGAAAAGAUUUCUCUGGUCCCGGAAAGGACAUCUUUGGCCCACAGAGGGCGACAUCAGACCCAGAGCUUGCCCACCUCUCCAACUUCCUUCAUCCCGUGUUGUAUUACUACCGUGCCUUACCCACAGCCCAAGACAUGAUGUCUUUAGGUCCCAAGGACAUCCUCCCUGAUCCCUACCGUCUCCAUCACAUCGUGGAAGACUUUCUCACUGACUGGACUGCACCUGUCAGUCAUAUCCUUCUCCUGCGCCGAUUUCUAGAAUCUUGCCUGGGACGUGAUAUGCGCUACUUCUUCGACACCACCUGUUUCCAGCUGGCCAUGACACAUGACGCACUGCCACUGUCUUGUCAGGAGUACUACAUGAAAGGUCAAGGGUUAGAGGGCAACGACAUCUACUGGGGUCACAUCAACGAAAUGCAGGACCACUUGAUGGCAGGGAGAUAUCAGACGGAAGUGACAGAGAGCAGCCCCGUCUGGGCUCAUAAAUAAUCCUUCAAAAAGAAUAUAAUAAAAACUUAUACGAAUCAUGAAUUUGUAAAAUGUUGUGUCCGAGCAAUGUCGCUAGUAUCUUCCAGGUUGCAGGCCUGAUACUUCCUGGAGGCAACGACGAUGACGAUUGCCCCCAUGCCCCCUGGUCUAUGCCUUGGUGCUCCAGUCGAAAAUUAUGAUUUCCUCAUAGGGUGUCCUUUACCAAGAAGAAAAUGCCUUGGUGCCCUUGCCCUCUCUAAAACGAAGCAUACAGG